AUGCACCUAUCUCACUAACUACAUGUGAGUUAACAAACUAGCAUCAAUAUCAAUGGCAAUCAUACACCAAGGAAACCAUUCCAUCUUGAAACUUUGUUGUUCAUCAAACCGUGCAAUAACCUUAAUACAAAAGGUUAUAGCAGAAGUCAUUGGAACAUAUUUUCUUGUAUUUGCAGGUUGUGGUGUUGUAGCAGUGGACAAAAUCUAUGGCUCCGUAACAUUUCCAGGGAUAUGCAUCACAUGGGGUUUGGUUGUAACAGUCAUGUGUUACUCAGUUGGUCAUAUCUCUGGAGGACUCUUCAACCCCGCGGUUACGAUAACCUGGGCCAUCUUUCGCCGAAUCAAAUUCAUCGAAGCUCCACUUUACAUCGCUGCUGAGUUACUCGGCUCGACACUUGCGAGCUUAACAUUGUCUUUAAUGUUUGAUAUUACACCGAAGUCUUUUUUCGGAACUGUGCCAGUUGGAUCGAGUGGCCAAUCUUUGGCUAUGGAAUUCAUUAUCAGUUUUCUGUUAAUGUUUGUUAUUUCAGCUGUUACAACGGAUCAUAGAGCGGUGGAUGAUUCAGCGAGUAUCGCAGUUGGAAUGACGAUAACGUUGAAUCUAUUUAUAGCUGGACCUGUUUCCGGUGCAUCAAUGAAUCCAGCAAGGAGUAUUGGUCCUGCAAUUGUGGUGCAUAUUUACAAUGGUUUAUGGAUAUAUGUAGUUGGGCCUAUUGUUGGAGCUGUAGCUGGAGCACUUGCUUAUAACUUUCUCAGAUCGGUGUACAAGCCGAGGGCGGAAAUAGCAGCAGCGACGACUCCUUCGGAAUUGACAAAGGAUAAUCCAAACUCAGAAUUGAUAGCAGAAGAACCAUUGAGGAGUAUAAGUAUAAGUUGAUUUAAGGGUGCAUGAAUGUUAUCUUUAUUUUGAAAUUGAGUGGGUGAGCUUUGUUGCUUUUGUGUUUUGUGUUUAUGGAAAUUACAGUUAUUAGGGUUUUAGAGUACUGCUUUGGUUUAAUAUGAUUGUUUUAAUAAGAAAUGUUUGAGUUUUUGUGUGAUAAGAUUAUCAUUGCAUUUUAUGAUUUUUUUUGUUAAUGGCAAAAGAUAUAUAGCUAAAAGAAAAGGAGACAAGUGAGUAGUACAAGAACUACUCACCAUAUACAAACA